UUGCUACUCGUGAAUUUUCGGCUUAACGUGACGUCACAUCCUGUCUUUCGGCGUUAGUAGCCAUUCAGCAUGGCGGACACCGGGUUGGUCGAUACACUGCUCCAGCGGAUUGAGAAAGUGGAUGACGGCGUGGACAGCGUGGAAGUAGCGAACAGUCUCGGGGUGGACCAUCAGCUUGUUGUGGGAGCCGUGAAAAGUUUGCAGUCUCUGGGAGACGUCAUCUCAGCCGAGCUGCGGUCGUCUAAGAGCUGGGAGCUGACAGACGAGGGUUCUGAGAUAUCUGAGCAGGGCAGCCAUGAGGCCCGAGUCUUCAAUUCUAUCCCACUGGAGGGUCUCGCACAGAGUGAGCUUAUGAAACUCUCCUUUGGAAAGAUUGGUUUCAGCAAAGCCAUGUCCCACAAGUGGAUCCGAGUCGAUAAGGGACACGAAAACGGCCCAAGGAUAUUCCGAGCUGUGGAGAACAUAGAAGACCAGGUGAGAGAGAAGCUGCUCCUGAUGCAGGAAGGCUACGCGUCUCAAGUGGACGAGAAAGAAAAGAAUGAACUGAAGAAGAGGAAACUGCUGAGUGAAGUGAUGGUCAAGUCUUACUGGAUCACGAAGGGGAACUCCUUCAGCACCACCAUCACCAAACAAGAGACUGAUCUCACCCCUGAGAUGAUUGCCACCGGAAGCUGGAAGGAGAAGAAAUUUAAGCCAUAUAACAUUGAGGCCAUGGGCGUGGCCCCAGACUGUGGCCACCUCCACCCGCUGAUGAAAGUUCGGACACAGUUCAGGCAGAUCUUCCUGGAGAUGGGUUUCAGCGAGAUGCCGACCAAUAACUUCAUAGAAAGCUCCUUCUGGAACUUUGAUUCGCUGUUUCAGCCCCAGCAGCACCCAGCCAGAGACCAACACGACACCUUCUUUCUGUCCGACCCAGCACUUUCCCAUGAGUUCCCUCAGGAUUACCUGGAAAGAGUGAAGAAGGUCCACUCAGAGGGAGGCUUUGGGUCACAGGGAUACAGAUAUGACUGGAAGAUCGAAGAGGCUCAAAAAAACAUCCUCCGCACGCACACAACAGCCGUCAGUGCACGCAUGUUGUAUAAACUUGCACAACAGGAUAAGUUCACACCCGUGAAGUAUUUUUCCAUCGACCGAGUGUUCAGGAAUGAGACAUUGGACGCCACCCACCUGGCAGAGUUCCAUCAGAUUGAGGGAGUGGUGGCUGACUACGGGCUCACACUAGGAGACCUCAUGGGAGUCCUGCAUCAGUUCUACACCAAACUAGGAAUUACUAAAUUGCGCUUUAAGCCUGCCUACAACCCUUACACCGAGCCCAGCAUGGAAGUGUUCAGCUACCACGAAGGACUAAAGAAGUGGGUGGAGGUUGGAAACUCUGGGGUGUUUAGGCCAGAGAUGCUGCUGCCGAUGGGUCUUCCUGAGGAUGUCUCUGUAAUUGCCUGGGGACUGUCUCUGGAAAGGCCCACUAUGAUUAAAUAUGGGAUCAACAACAUCAGAGAAUUGGUGGGACACAAAGUGAACCUACAGAUGGCCUACGAUAGUCCCAUAUGUCGACUGGACUCCUAAGUUUCAUGAAGCAUUUAUUUUUAUUUUUUUUGAAUGGACCUAGUUCCCCCCCCCCCCCCCCCCCC